AUGGCGAAACGGAAGCGUGAAGAUGACAUGGAUGAUGGCGACAGCAAAAAACUGGACCCAGUUCUUGAAAACCAAGUUUCACGCCUAAGGGCCAAACUCACUUACGGUAUUAAGAGCCUGCACGCCGCUCUUAAGCUCGCGCGCGGAUUUGAGAAGCAAAAACUCGGCCGUCGUCAGAAGGCCGCCAGCAGUGAGCCACACAAUCUACUACGCCUGCGGGAGGAGGUCAUCGUGCUCAAGCAGCUGAAACUCGAUCGGACGGCCAGACAGUAUGUCAUCAAACAACUGGUCAAGACGAAACGUAUCAAAGAACAUCCUGCAUUCAUCCAGGUUUACGGACCGGAUCCGGUGCUUGAUCCGACAAAGUCAAUUGCGGAAGGAAAUGUGAUAGGAAGGCUUUUCAAUUCUGGGCCGGUGAAACAGGUCCUUCCCGGGAUUAUGAAUGGCAUCUAUGAUGCCCUAGAUAUAUCGCAGGCUGGGCCCGACAAGAUUGACAUCAAACGUGACAAACGUGCAGUCACCAGCAAAAGCAAAAACUCUGAAGACGAAGAUGUCUUUGAUGGAUUUUCCGACAGGGAACCUGAUGACGGCGAGGCUGUAAACGACGACUUAUCGGGCUCAGAAAUGGACAAUCUCCUGGAUCAGUAUGCAGGCCGAUUAGCAUCUUCCGAUGAUGAGACGAAUGACGAUGCCUCGGCAGACCUGCAAUUUAGUCCCAGUGAUAGCAUAUCAGAGCAAGGGAACCUCAUCCGGCCUCCCCGAGAGGAUCUCUCAAUCUCAGCCAGCCCCGAACCCGUUGAUCGACGAGAAAGACCCUCGAACACUGAGAAAAUCGUCAAACCUUUGUCGUCAACAGCUUUUUUGCCCUCACUGAGUCUUGGGGGUUAUUACUCCGGUUCCGAUUCAGAAACUGGUGAUUUGAACUAUAAUCGCGGGCCGCCUCUGCGCAAAGAGCGCAAAAACCGCCGUGGGCAACGAGCACGGCAGAAGCUUGCCGAAAUGAAAUUUGGGAAGAAAGCCAAUCAUAUUGCGCAGCAGACGGCCACACGACAAACCAGCUGGGAUCCGAAGCGAGGCGCAGUUGGGGAAAAUGAUCGCCGCCAGCACCGUUUCCGCGAUGGGAAAGUAAGUCACAAAGCAAAUGGCGCAGCUACCCAAGGAAACACGGUGCCAUUGGGCAAACCAAAGAAAAGGGACGACUCUGGGUCACUGCAUCCUUCCUGGGAAGCUAUCAAAAAGCGGAAGGAGUCUCAGACCCAAGCCAUUUUUACAGGGAAGAAGGUCACUUUCGACUAG